AUGUCCGUUAAUAAGCCCGAAUCCGAAGUCAUGGAGACCAUUGCCGUCCCGCCGGCAAAACGAUCGUUUGGAUCACGAGCCGCCACCCAUUUCAAGAAAUGGUGGUGGGUACACUUGAUCGUGCUCAUCAUUGUGGUGCUUGUCGUGACACUGCCAGUGAUCUAUGUCGCCUACCCCAAUAUUGCCCAGCGCGACAUCAAUCGUUCUACUCUCAGUAUCACAAGCAUGGUUAUCAGCGACCCGAAGCCGGAAUCUUUCGUCCUUAAUCAGACCCAAGUCAUCGGUUCUAAAAGCUCCUAUCAUCCUGAGAUAUAUGGAUUCGAUGCCGCCGUAUCCUUGCUAGGAGCUGCGUCCGCGUUUGCAACGGUCAAGGUUCCUGCAGUGAAGUCCAAGGAUGGGGCUGAAGUUGUUGUUUCGCAGUCGCUGGAUUUGAGUGAUGCCAGCGCCUUCUCUGACUACUGUACCGCUGUCAUGAUGAAUGAAGAGGUCUCGUUGAAUAUUUAUGGCAAGCCGAAGCUGCAGCAAGGAUCAUUGCCGAAGACAACAGUGACAUAUAACAAGACUGUUACGAUGAAAGGCCUCAACAAGCUCAAGGGCUUUGACGUGACAGAAUUUCACAUCAUGACUACAGUUGUGAAUGGUCGAAACAUGAACGGCACAGUCUAUAUCCCUAAUCCUUCUGUGAUGACAUUGAGCAUGGGAAACGUGACUCUCAACCUUGUCGUGGCAGGCGAAACCUUGGGUCUAUCCUACCUUGACAACCUCGUCCUCAAGCCCGGCAACAACACAGUCCCAAUGACUGCGACUGUCAAUGAAACCGCAAUUAUUGGGAUGCUCACCUCGGAUAGCAAUCCCUAUACGACUGGUGUCGUGCCAUUUACUAUCACCGGCAACUCCAGCGUUUACAAUGACCAGGAACUGCCUUAUUUCACCAAUGCAUUGAUCGCGAACAAUCUGACCGUCGAACUGAAUAUCACAAAGGCUCUAGCAGAGAUUGGUCUUACCAUCUAA